AAAUACAAAUGCCACUGUCACCGGCACCUACAACCACCCCCACCAAAAGCCAGGGAUAUACAGAGGCUUCUUCUCUGUCAGUAAGAGAUACAAAAAAAAAAAAAAAUACAGCCAAAAAAAAAAACACACACAUAGAUUCUCUCUUUCAAAAAAAGAAGAAGAAGGAAAUUAGGGUUUUUUCUUUUGUGGGGUUUUGAUUUUUUGGGGGAAUUUUUGGGGUUUUUUUGGGUGGGGGAAGAGAGAUGUAUAUAGGUUCCAUGCGAAAGUCUUUCAAGGACUCUCUUAAAGUACUUGAAGCUGAUAUUCAACAUGCCAAUACUCUGUGCAGGGCUUCUGAUUUUCCAAGGGAAUAUGACGGUGAAUGCCUUCAAAUGAGAAUGUCAUACAGUCCGGCUGCACACCUCUUCCUAUUCUUGGUGCAGUGGACUGACUGUCACCUUGCAGGUGCACUCGGGCUGUUAAGAAUCUUAAUUUACAAGGUUUAUGUUGAUGGUACUACCACCAUGUCUACACAUGAAAGGAAAGCAAGCAUAAGGGAGUUCUAUGCUGUUAUCUAUCCCUCUUUACUGCAACUUCAGAGGGGUGUCACUGAUACCGAAGAUAAAAAACAGAAAGCAGUGUGCAUGGAAAGGUACCGAAGAAAUGAAGACGAGGAGUAUAGACAGCUUAUUGAUGUUGAUGUUGAAAGAGAAGAAGAAUGUGGAAUAUGCAUGGAGUUGAAUGGUAAAAUUGUGCUACCGAACUGCAGUCAUGCCAUGUGCUUGAAAUGUUACCGUGAAUGGCGGACUAGAUCACAGUCAUGCCCUUUCUGUCGUGACAGUCUAAAGAGAGUAAACUCCGGGGAUCUCUGGGUAUUUACCGACAGCCGGAAUAUAAUUGACAUGGCCACCGUGACAAGGGAGAACCUUAGAAGGCUUUUCCUGUAUAUAGAUAAGUUGCCACUAAUUGUCCCUGAUACCAUUUUUGAUACUUACGAUUCCCACCUAAGGUGAUCAAGUACAUUCUAAUAUAUACCUUAUCUGCGGUCGAAGUAUUUUCUGGUCGAUGAUUUCUCUCAAUUACAUAAAAGUCCGAAUCACUUGGUUCUGGAAAAAUGUAGUUAGGUUUAGCUACUGCUGCAGUGGAUUCCAUGCCCAAAGUUAUUGUGGGGCUGGUGCUGAAGUUGAGGUAGUUCAUAUAGGAGGAGCCCUUCAAAGUUGUAUUUACUACAUUUGUACAUGCUUGUAUAGCCUGAUGCUUGAUAUGAUAAAUAUCAUUUUCUAAUCUUAUAUAUGGCUUUUUAUUA